GAAAGCUAGAUUGAACUUCUGCUUAGCUAUAGCCCCUUCCUUCCAGGUCACAUUGAUGAAGACCACCAAUGUUCUGAUAAGUCAAGGAGUCGGUAUAAGCUGCUCAACUUAGACUGAGAUUAAUUCAAACUACAUUUGAGUUUUUCAUACCCGCAAAUCUCCAGAAAAUGUUACUGAAAGCUCUGCUUCUCAUCCUCCUCUUCCAACUGUCCACUUCCAAGGACACCAUAACAUGGAACGGAGAGCAAGUAAAGGAUGGUGACCUUCUAGUGUCCAAAGGAAACGACUUUGAAUUGGGUUUCUUCAGCCCCAGAAACUCGAGCUACCGCUAUGUUGGAAUUUGGUAUUCCAUGUCUCAGAUAUCUGACCAAACAGUGGUGUGGGUGGCAAACAGAAACAACCCCAUCAAUGAUACAUCAGGUGUUCUCACAAUAAACAGGUAUGGAAAACUAGUCAUUUAUGCUCACAAUAUGGAGAACGUUCCUAUAUGGUCUGCCAAUAUGUCUCGGUCAGUCAUAAAAACAAACCUCUUAUCUGCACAACUUUUAGAUACAGGAAACUUAGUUCUGACCCAGGAUGGUAAAACUGAAAGCUUUAUUAUAUGGCAGAGUUUUGAUUAUCCUACAGAUACUCUAAUCCCUGGUAUGAAACUUGGGGUGAGUUGGAAAACUGGUUUAGAGUGGUUUUUAACAUCUUGGAAGUCACCAGAUGACCCUGGAACUGGGGACUAUAGCCAUAGGCUUCAUUGGAACCAGACGGCCAUGCUACAAUAUUUUCUGUUCAAGGGUUUAACUACUAGGGUUUGGAGAAGUGAUCCUGGGCCUUGGCGCAAUUUUGUUAGUAAUAAUGAUGAAACGUAUUACCUACAAUCUAGUGAUAACUCCACUAUAAAAUUUAGAAUGGUUGUGAAUGAUUCUGGGUUAUUGCAGCAUUUGACAUGGAAUGAUGGUGACCAUCAAUGGAAGGAACUAUGGGCUGCACCGAAAUACCGUUGUGACUUGUAUGGACAGUGUGGUGCCUAUAGUAAAUGUAACCCUGACAAUAUUAAUAUGUUUGAGUGUGAGUGUUUACCAGGGUAUGAACCUAAAUCUAUAAAUGACUGGAAUCAGAAUGAUGGGUCAGAGGGGUGUCUGAGUAAGCGAGUUGGAGUGUCAAAGUGUGGAGUUGGAGAUGGGUUUUUAGAGGUGGCAAGGGUGAAAGCUCCAGACACAUCGACAGUAGUAGCACGACUGGAUACUGGUAUGAGUGCCAAAGAGUGCAAGCAGGAAUGUUUGAGAAAUUGUUCUUGCACAGCAUGUAUGAGCAUCAAUAAUAAAGGGCGCAUUGAUUGCUUGACAUGGUAUGGUGAGCUGCUGGAUAUUGUGAAGCACACGGAUGAAGGACAAGUUCUACAUGUUCGUGUGGAUGAAAUUGAGUUAGCUAUGUAUUCCAGAAAAUCAGAAGGUUUUUUGGAAAGGAGGGGCAUGCUGGCUAUUCCAAUAUUGUCUGGUCUACUGGUGCUGGUACUAAUCCCUGUGUUUGGCUGUUGGUGGCUUAAGAAAAGAAGGAAAACCAAAGACUUAGCAGUGGUGGAUGAACUUGGAAAAGCUAGGAAACACCCUGAUCUGCAAUUUUUCUCUCUGAGCACAAUAAUUGUAGCCACAGGCAACUUCCAUUCUGGAAAUAAACUCGGGGAAGGUGGUUUUGGAUCUGUUUAUAAGGGUCAGUUACCAAAUGGACAGGAGAUUGCUGUGAAAAGAUUGUCCAAAACUUCAGGGCAAGGGAUUGAAGAAUUCAAAAAUGAAGUUGUGCUUAUAGAAAGACUUCAACACAGGAACCUUGUGAAACUUUUGGGUUGUUGCAUAGCGGGAGAAGAAAAGAUGUUGGUCCUUGAAUACUUGUCCAACAAAAGCUUGGACUUCUUUCUUUUUGAUGACACAAGAAGGUCCUCUUUGGGUUGGAAAAAGCGCUUUGAAAUCAUCAAUGGGAUUGCUCGUGGGAUUCUUUAUCUUCACCAGGACUCGAGAGUUAGAAUUAUACAUAGGGAUCUAAAAACCAGCAAUAUUCUUCUAGAUGCUGAGAUGCACCCAAAAAUUUCAGAUUUUGGCAUGGCAAGAAUAUUUUAUGGGGACCAAUUGCAGGAUAAGACAGCCAGAGUUGUUGGAACAUAUGGGUAUAUGUCACCAGAGUAUGCAGUUUUUGGUAGAUAUUCAACAAAAUCAGAUGUCUUUAGCUUCGGGAUCAUAAUAUUGGAGAUCAUAAGCGGCAAGAAAAACUCUGGUUCAUAUUGGGAGGAUCAUUCCAUGAACUUGAUAGGAAAUGUUUGGCAGAUGUGGGGUGAAGACAGAGCUUUAGAAAUUAUGGAUUCAUCACUAGAGUUAUAUCAACCAGAUGAAGUCUUGAGAUGCAUUCAAGUUGGGCUCUUAUGUGUGCAAGAAGAUUCAAAGGACCGGCCUACCAUGUCAGAUGCUGUUUUCAUGUUGAGUGGUGAAGCAUCUCUUUCAACUCCUAAGCAGCCUGCAUUUGUUUUUAGAAAAAGUGCAUGCAGUAAUGUUCCAUCCCUUGCAAGUGGAUUAUGUUCAAUAAAUGACUUAACAAUAACCAAUGUGGAUGUUCGAUGAUUAAAAUGCAACUCUUUCAAUAUACUAUAGACAUGGCAUGACUAUUUUAUCAAAUGUAAUUUGAUUAGUCAUAAGUUAUAUAUAAUAUAUUCAAUGUCUUUGAAUAGCUAGCCUUUAUUUUAUUUUAUUUCCGUAUCAUAGAAUAAAAUAGAAAGGGAAGGGAUGCAUUUUUUGU